UCUUUCGAAAAAGAAAAAAAAAAAAAACAAACUUGUGAUCUAGAGUGAAAUAUUUUAUAUAUAUAUAUAUAUAUAUAUGUAUGUAUAUAAAUAUAAUUUAGGAACCUAUUUAUUGUGAUAAAGUACAUAAAAAAAAUAAUAAUAAUAAAAAUAAAAAGGCUUUAUACUGGCUAUGAUAGAGUAGCCCAAGAAUUUAAACCCAGCCCAGAAAAGCCCACAUCGAUUGUCGACUUAAAAGGUGGUUUCUUUUUUUUCUCGGAGACCGACAACGGUACAAGCAGCUUCUACGGUAGAGACUAGAGAAACGAAGCCUGAAGGAUUAGUUUUGAGUGUCUUUCCUUGGAAAACCUUUGGAAGCUUGAAAAUUUUCAGUGAUGGGCAAGCCAACCUCACGGUUGGAGCCGUCUGUGGCCGACCACAAGUCUAGAGCCGACCGCAAGUUUGAAAAGAAGCUCCAAUUUUAUGCAAGGGUUAAAGAUACUGUUGCUGCCUUGAAGGCACAGAAGUCUAUCACUCAGAAGAAGAGACUUAGAAGCCGACAGAAGAAAUUAAAAGCAUAUGAUCUCUCUUCACUCAAAGAGUUCCUUCCAGAGUUGAAGGAACCUCAGAAACCUACUCCAGAUGAGUUUAAGCUGAAUUGCAAAUCAAGGCAAAAACUAAUAUUGAAGGAAGGAAAGCGAUUGAGCAGUUUUCUUAAGCAUCCUGCUUUCCAGGCGGAUCCCCUGGCUGCCAUUUGUCAACACUUAGAGAUGACACAGCCAGUUGUAGAUGAGAAACCAAAGAAAACAAAGAACAAAAACGGAGGGAAGAAGAAGAAAGAGAAGAAAUUGAAGGGUUCAGCUGGAUCUCAAUCUAUGGAGAUGUAAUUGACAUAUAGACUGCUCUUGAAACAUUAUAGUUGAUUUGAGAUAUUUAAAAUCCAUGCUGCAAUUUUGAAAAAUUAAUUUUGUCAGGCUGACUAAAACUUGUAACUAGGUUUGUUUAUGUACUAAUUUUUGAAGACUUUUGUUGUUUGUGUCGAUGUAUUAUUUUUUGACCUAUUUUCAUUAAGUAUAAAGAAAAAGAAUUUGGCCCCA